UGGAGAGGACGUGUGCUGCUGCUGCCCCCUGGAGUUGUCUGGUGGCAGUAUUAUUUUCACAACAUGGCGCAGGCUAGCCGGCAUGGUAUCAACACAGUCUGCAUUGAAUUAACCAGUGGAGCUGUAACAGGGCCAUCAAUGGAGUUACUUCUGCCUACAAUAAUCAGUGAUACCUACGGAAUAGCCAAUGAGGAGAUUUGUGGACUUGCACUGAUCGGUACGAAGAGGACUUUUGUAAAAUUCAGCUCGGCGAAUGUGCAUGAGGCAGUGGUGAAUAAGUUUCAGGAAGUGGUCAUACCAGUUAAUCAUGCUGUGACGGUGAGGUUGCAUGAUGUAUCAAGCUAUAACACAUGGGUUAAGAUCAGGAAUGUGCAGUUCGAGGCGGAUGCAUCUGACAUCCGGUUCGCUAUGUGUAAAUACGGCAGAAUACAUACGGUCACUGCAGGAAGGUGGUCAGCCGGCCCAUAUAUGGGGAUACCUGAGGGUAUGUACUCUGUCAAGAUGACGCUCAGACAUCCUAUUCCAUCGUACGUGGUGAUGGAAGAUUCAGAACUCAGGUAUUUGUGACAUACGCUGGGCAGCGACGCACAUGUCAUUUGUGCAGGUCGUAUGAUCACCUGGCUGCACAAUUUGAUAGACGACAUGGUGAUAAGGACCAGCAGCAAUGACGUGAUGUGGAGGAAAGGAGAGAGGAUCAAGAUCAGCCAUAUUCGACACUGCCUCAGCAGAGUUUGACAUGGAGUGAGGAGGUAGAGAGGGCCGAAGAAAAGGAGACGGCAGGGGCUACGCAGGGGGAUGACAUCACUUCCUUGGACGUUGUACAAGUGCUGGAUGAGGUUAUCGUGGAAGUGAAUGGCAGCGAUGCGGAAACGUCGAUAGUGUCGACGUUUGGGAACAUUUUGAGCAAUGAGAGUCCUUGCCAGGAUGUUGGUACAGACCUGGAUCUUGGGUCUGCAGUUGAGGAGGGCGUCGUGAUGCCAGCUCGGCCUGAAGUGUGUGCUAAGGAUGCCCUGUUGGUGAGAACUGUGGAGGUGGAGGUUCAUCAUGGCACUGCGCUGGAUGACUUGAUGCAGGUCGAGGGAAUGACGCAAAGGCGCACUGCAAUGCUUUCUGAUUCAGACGACGUGCUUACACCCGCACAACGGCCAGGGAAGAAAACAUGGGCGGAUGCCAUGCAGAGACGUUCAAGUGGCACUCAGGGGCAGGGGUUGGGUGUGAGAGUGUCAGCAGCAGCAGUGUCAGCAGCAGCCGUAACGUCGCUACCCAGCACACAGGAGAGGGUGGAGCUGGAGUUGACUGACGUGAGUGAUGAUAUAGUGAGUCAUGCAUGUGACCUGGCCCGGGAGCUACAACCACCAGGAGGGAUUGUGAAAGCUUUUCAAGAGAGAAGAAUGGUGGUGAAUUCAGCUGUGGAAGUAUGUCUGUAUGAUGUCUCCACAUACGUCACCUGGGUCAAAGUAAGGAACGUGCCCUUCGAGGCAGAGGAGUAUGAUCUAUAG